UAGGUGGAGUAAAACUGAGACUGUAGGGUGUACGGUGCAAGGCUGAGGAAACAUGCGUGAAACCAGACUGCAGAUGGGCGAGAUAAACAGAUCCCCAGGCUGUGACUGAGUAGGCAGGCCUCUUUAAUGGCUCUUAGCAACGCCCCUGCUUUGACCCUCCUCAUAUGUGAGGAAAAUCAAAUCGAUACACUGUUCUUCAAACCACGAUGCUGCAGCAGCAGCAGGGCAUUGUGGCAGCCUUCGUCUCUUAAAUUCAUCGAGGCUUUCCAAUUUGCUGAUCUCUGGAUAUCCCUCCCUGCAUCUCUGCUGAGGAAGACCCUGACUGCAUCUUUAAUCGGAUUGCUUGAGCUCCCAUGUACAACCUUCUUCUUAUUAGCAAGUAUUAGAGAUGGCUAACAGAGGACCAAGCUAUGGCUUAAGCCGAGAAGUUCAGGAAAAGAUUGAACAGAAAUAUGACCCGGAAUUAGAGUCUAGGCUGGUGAACUGGAUUAUUGUACAGUGUGGAGAACAGAUAGAGCACCCUCCUCCUGGAAGGCAACAUUUUCAGACCUGGUUGAUGGAUGGAACGCUGUUAUGCAAGUUAAUAAACAGUUUACAUCCAAAGGGAAAUGAGCCCAUUGCAAAGAUUUCUGAAUCAAAAAUGGCUUUCAAGCAGAUGGAACAAAUUUCUCAGUUCUUAAAAGCUGCUGAAAUCUACGGAGUAAGAACAACAGAUAUUUUCCAGACAGUGGAUUUAUGGGAAGGGAAGGACAUGGCAGCAGUGCAGAGAACCUUAAUGGCUCUAGGCAGUUUGGCAGUCACCAAGGAUGACGGCUGCUACAAAGGGGAUCCAUCCUGGUUUCACAGGAAAGCACAGCAGAAUCGAAGAGGAUUUUCAGAAGAGCAGCUUCGUCAGGGGCAGAACGUAAUAGGCCUUCAGAUGGGCAGCAACAAAGGAGCAUCACAGUCGGGUAUGACAGGCUAUGGGAUGCCAAGGCAGAUUAUCUAAAAGCAUCUCUGUCUGUAGAGAAAACACUCCUUCUGCAGCAUGGUCUGUUAAAAAAAAAAAAAAAAAAGGCAAAAGAAAAAAAAAAGCUCUUUAGUUCCCUUUCUGCCUGUUUUUUAAUAGUUAGCGCUCUCUGAGGUUUGGGGUAUUUUUGGUUUGUUUUAUUUGCAGCUGCAAAAAUUCAUCUAGGAACUUGGGUUUUCGUGGUGGUGUGUGUCAGUUCACAGCACGUGUGCACUGCUGCCUCCUACUUUUCACUUCUGAACUAUGCAAAGACAAUUAUUCUGUAUUAAUUUAUUUGCAAAGUGUUAUCUUCCAUGUUUGUCUCACACUGCACUUGUAUUUCAACCAGUAACCUCGUUCUUCAAUUCAGUGAUGAUAUUGUUUGACCUAAGAAUAAAGACAAAUUAAAGACA